UGUAACAGAUCACAAUGGAAGAAAUUAAAGAAAUAUAGAAAAAACGUUUUUUUUAACCCAACUCCGGAAAAUGUAGAACUAUUUAUUUCAAAAUUUAUACAAUUUAUAUUUUAUUCGGUGCCCUUAAAUAAAUAAAAAUAAUACAUGCAGAAAACGUUGCCGUUCAUUAUGAAUCUUAGAAAUAGAACCAAAGAUGUAGGUCUGGCUUUAUUGAAGUUAGACAAAUUGCCUCUACAGAAAUUGCGAAAAGUAGGUAAAAGUACAGUCGGCGGCUCGAAGGAUUCCACCCCAGAAGAUGAGUGUGAGAAAUGCAAACAUGUACAUGAUAAAACGUUAAGUUGUGAAAACGAUCUGGUGAUGCGUGUUUCCUCUAAAGAUAAGGAUGACGGCCAGAAGGAUAAGUUAGAAACUAUAGUUGAACACCCAUUGGUAGAGAUGGAGCCUAGAGUUGAAGGCCUAGAUGUGCCGCCGAAACUGUUCGGUAGCGAACUGUUCAAGCAGCCGCUGGACCGUCGACAUCAAAAGAGUUUCGAUAUGAACAAAAUGAAGCCGAUAGACGAAAUCGCUUGCAAGUUGAUGAAGGUGCCCCCGUCGCAAAUUGACGCCAAACUAAUGGAUACAUGUCUCAGCACUCGCACCGUAGACUUUGAAAGAUCAGGAACGUAUCCGAUAGUUGAAAAUUUAGAAUGCGAUGUAAUGGAGCAUAUCGUGCAACCGUUUGAUAGUUAUACAGAGGUGGACAAGGAUACUACUUUCGCAGAUAAAUACUCUAACCUAACGCCGAACUAUAUUAGGAGCUACGAUCUGAAUCUGGAAUCUGAUUCAGAUGAAAAAACAUUAAAAGCCGAGAACUUGCAUCCUGUACAUCUCGAUGUCGAGUUCAAAAUGUCUAUUGAAAAAGAUAUCUUGCACGAUUUGAGUUUACACUCGUUUCCUCUUAGACAAGAAUUUAUAGCUUACAGUAUGGCGGUGCCGCCGCCUUUGCCCCCCAAUGAAACUUCUAUAUCGAGUCAAAUGAUUUACGAGGAUGAUAUACACGAAAGAUUUCGCCGCGACAAGACGAUGCCGCCCUACAUGAGAGAGUUCAAAAUGGGCAGGAGGAUGCAGGACCCGAGGAUGUUAGAAGAAAGAACCCAGGAAAGCUAUGAGAAUUACCUAUCCACAUUAUCUAGGUCCGCCGCAGUUCAUGAACCAUUAGGGCCGAGAAAAGACAACUUGAGCACCUCCAAGAGGCAAGAGAUUCCCCUCUCCGAGUUGCUCCGGCAAGUAAGACAAAGAAAUAAAAUAGCGCAAGAAAUGCAAAAGAAGAAAAUAAAAUUUGAUCCUCGUCCUUUUUUUAGCAAAUCCACGUGCUUGCCUCCUUUAGACCUGCGACCUAGGUCUGCGACUUGCUCGCCUAAACCUUGUCCGCCCCGAAAGAAGGAGGCACCCCCUAAGAAAGCUAUGCCCUGCCCCCCGCCGAAGAAGCCUCCGUGCCCUCCGCCCAAGAAAGGUCCUUGCCCGGUGAAAUCCAACCCGUGCGAUCCUUGCAAACCCCCACCUCCUUGCCCUCCUCCGAAAAACCCGUGUGGCAUGUACACUGGUAACAAAUUUAAGGACACCAUCACCUUGAUUCUUUGCGGUUUCAAUCCAUCUAACAUUUUACAAUACGCACUUGGUUUACCCUUGCUACGGAGUUGUCCCCAUAGUUUUAUAAAAGAUUCCGCAAUCCGCACAUUUUUUACCAAUUCUAUAGCGCACUCUAAAGCUUUAGGUUUAAAGUCAAAGGAAUCAUCCUCUAACAUCACGUCCAAGGAGUCGUCUUAUAAAUUUUAUAAAUAUCUCAUAGUUCCUGAUUUAGGAAAGAAACAAAGGGAUAUACAGCAAGCUUAUUUCUCAAGGAGUUAUUCCAAUAAUCCAGUAAAUCCUGGCGCAAUACAAACUAUUUCUACUACUUCAAUGUCGCAUGCUGCAGCUCUUGGAUUGAAGUCUAACGAGUCGUCUUCUAAAUUCUUUAAACUCCUAAAAGUUCCUGAUUUAGAAAAACAGAAGGAUGAAGAGCAAGUAUAUUUCGCAAGGAGUUAUGAGCCAUGGGCGCCGAUUCCAUCAUGGCCGACUACGAAAAAGGAGAAGAAAAAUAAAUUGGUUUGCCCCAAAGAAGGUUGCAAGGUUCCUAGACUUAUGCCCAGCAAGCCCUGCAAGGAGUUUCCUUGUUCUUUCAAAUCAGCAGAUCGAAAAGUCUAAAUAUAACCAAAAAAUUAACAAACAAUAGUCAAAUUUAAUUAAUUUCAAAUUUAUAAGUCAAUAAAUCUAAAAAUA